AUGAAACGAACAAAUGAUUUCAACGUAAUGACGGAGUUUGUAGCACAGAUUCCACAAGGAAGGAAUCGGUACAAGGCUCCGCUACCGAAAACUUGUGCCGAUUUCUGGUACAUGGUUGUACAGGAGAAAGCAACUGCAAUUGUGAUGCUCUGCAAUUUUAUUGAGCAGAGUUCCAAGAAAUCGGCCCCAUAUGUGCCAAUAACGGCGGAGGAGAGCCCUUUGAAUUUUGAUGGUGUAACUGUAAAGUUUAAAAGACAAGAACAGUUUCAUUUCCCUAUAAACACGAAGGUAAACAUACGAGUGACUCAUUUGGAAGUACGAGUACCGGGCGAGGCACCGCAUGCCACCACUCACUAUCACUGGCUCGACUGGCCUGAUCGAGGCGUACCUGAAGCGGAUCUUGCACCAAUAUGCCUACUUGCAAAAAUACGGAACACUACGACGCCAAUAAUCGUGCAUUGUUCCGCCGGUAUUGGACGUACUGGAUCAAUUGUUCUUAUUGAACAUGCCCUUGAAUUACUUGGAACUCACGAAACUCUUGGGGAAAUCCGAAGCUUACUACUGGCGCUAGGAAGCAACGAAAUAAUUCGAUUCAGACUGAGCAUCAAUACCUCUACGUACAUCAAGUACUUCUCAUAUAUUUGA